UUGUCUUAUCUCUCAUUUCGAACAAAACUAUUGAAUGAAACACUAGCAGAAGGAUACCUAGUGAAACAAGACCGUAAAUAUUAUAAAUGUUAUUGCAUUAGUUUUUUUCAAAAUGGGAGUACGGUAUUCCUUCAAAGUUUGAAAUGUUUUGAAAUUGGUACUUAGAAAGCUGGUUAACACACUUCGAUAAUUUGGAGUUGGUAAAUAAAACUCUUCCUACUGUUAACAUCGGCAACCGGAAAUUAAAAUUAAUUUUCUUGCAACGUCUUGAAUUCUAGGAACGAAUCGUUGUAGAAAGCAUUAGACUAAUUUCUUAUCAAUUAAUUAUAAAAUGAAGAUAGCUAAAAAACAAUCAAAUAUAAUCAUAAAUCGAUAAAAUAUAAUUUCUAUGUUGAAAAUUUCUUCCAUCCUCCGUUAUUCCAUCCUUUUGGUAAUAAAUUAAAAUCAUGAUUACUAUCACUCAAUAUUCCAACUUAUUUCUCUCACCAUUUUCACAAGUGCCUGAUUAACGAUUAGAUUCUUCAUCUCAAUUUAUUCCAUUUUACACACAAAUACAAGCAAAUUAUAGGACAACAAUGCAAGUGAAUACAUUAAUAAUAAAUAUAUUAGAUUUGAUCUGAUUUGGACUGUAGUGUUAAUUAGAAAAGGGAAUUUUUUGGGUUUAAGCCUGUUGUGCCUUCUCAGAUGAGUGAAUAGUUGUACAUUACUAGAUAAAUAAAUAGAUAAAAUGUCAUCAACCACUCCGAUAAUAUUUAUUCGCCCAACCAUGUAUGGCUCUUGUAGAACGGAACAAAGCAUGGAUCAUCACCAAAUGAAAUUAUACAAUCAUGUGUGCGAGUCGCCUGAAAUUUGCAUUAGUGCUCUCUGCUCUGCACUCCCUCCGGCCGCCCGCCCAUCCAGCCGAAGGCGUGAACGCGACCACGACAGCGCAGAAGUGAUCAGAGGAGAGAGACGCUGCCUGCCCUGUGUGUUGUCGCUAUUUGUUCGUCACCGGCUUCACAACGCUAACCAAAGCCAUGUAUCCGUCUUCACUGCAACUUUUGGCCGUCCUUUGCCUGACAGCUGUCUUCUUCAUACAGCCCGGUUCCUGUAUCAAGUGUUUCCAGUGCAACAGUCACAAUGACUCGAGAUGCGCGCAGGAAAAGCCGCCAGAGGAUUUGAUGAAGGACUGCAGCGAGCUUGAUGACGCAACCAAGAAGUACUCCAUGUGCAGGAAAAUCACCCAGACUAUUGAGUUCGAGGUCAAUGGCUUGCAGCCCGAUUCGCGCGUGAUCCGCAGCUGCGGCUGGGACGAGAGCAACUACAAGGGUCGCUGCUACCAGCGGUCCGGCUUCGGCGGCCGUCAAGAGGUGUGCUCCUGCCUCACCGACCUCUGCAACGCCGCACAGCGGACGGCCACAGUCUCCGUCACCGGCCUCCUCCUCGCUUCCGCAGCCCUCCUGCGAUUUGCACUAUAGCGCCACACAGUCUCCUUGAUUCAACCAAGAGUGUUCACUGCACACGCAAAGAUCAAUCUCCAUUGAUUUAUCCCGAGGAUGGAAUCUCCACACCCCUACAUUACAUUCGUCUCACUCUUCAAGCCCAGCUUCCAUUCCUAGUAAUAGUAUUGAAAUGAUCACCAAGUGAUUUGAAAGAGUCAUUUAUUGGACGUGUAUAAUUCAUCAUCUCCUUCAUAAUAUAUUAGGCUUGUAAGUAGAUUUUAUACUUUAGUGUUAAGAAAGAAUUAUUGAUAGUCGUAUUUAUUUUUGAGAGAAUAUUAUGGUUGUAUACGGUAACUAACUAGGAAAAUCUUGAUAACAAAAGCGAUUGGUCAAAGAGCAGCUGGAAUAUUUAUUCAAAUUUGCAGUGAUAAAUAAUGAUUAUGUGAUUGGAGUUGGUGAAUUUUGUUGAUUGAUAAAGAUACGAGAGGUCAAUGAUGAUGAGUCGAACUCAUAAAAAUUCAACAGCUAGGCACCGUAAUGUAUUGUAAACUAGUAAAUAUCCAAUUCAAAUAACAAUCACUGAUCGUUGUUGAAAAUGAGCUUUAAUGGAACAUUAAUGAUGACGUUUGUCAAAUGAGCAUUUGGAACGAAUUUCCAAUUUGGAAAAGAACGAGUAUUACUCGUUACUAGAUGCAUCUAGUCUAAUAUCAACUGCUAUAUGAAUUGUGUAUGUUAAACCCGAUCUUCUCCCAAGAUUUUAAACAGAUUUGAUUUUUCAGUAAUUAGAUUAGAAUUCAUUACGCUUAUGUAAGUUUUAUUGAUAUUAUCAGUAAGUUUAUCAUCGACAUGAAACGCAAUAAAAUCCAUUCCACAUAGUUCCAAACGCAUUGAAUACUUACAUUACCGUAUUCGAUUAAUGAUGGAUCUGUAUUCUUUUUUCCUAAUCUACCUACACCUAACUAUAAAAUGUAUUGUAUUUUCAUUCGAGAAAUAUUUUGGAAAAUAAAGCGUUCUACUGUUAACUUCAA